UUUCGUAUAGUUGGAUGAAUGGUUUAAGUAUGAUUUUUUUUAUUAAUUGAGAUUUUUUGUAGAUUUAGACAGGAAAUGAUAGGUUUUGGAAAGGUUUGUUGGAAGAGAUUUAAUACAAACAUGACAAAGUAUGAUGUGUUUUUAUUAUGGGUUUUAUUAUUAUUAUUAUUAUUAUUAUUAUUAUUAUUUCGAUUUAAUAAGGUUAUUUUGUUGAAGGUGCUUACCGGAACUUUUCAUCCUACAUCCAAAGCAUUAAAGGUCACACAUUGGACUCCUAUACUUACAAAUCAUAACUGGUAUAAUCGAUUGAUCAUCCAAGAUUUAGAUGACUGAGGUUUUGUUGAUUGGAAUAAAGGCUAAAAUAUAGAUAUUUUUAAGUCUUUUGAGUAUAUGGUCUAACAGUGUCUGAUAUUGGCAGUAAAAAUUACAGAAAUAAAUGAUGGAGCCUACCCUGCAGAUCUCAAUUUUAUUACCGAAGUACCCUCUUCCUUCAAGUUUCAAUUUCUUCUACUGAUUUUCAUAAUCUCUUAUUUUGUUGGCAUGUAGUUCAAUCGUUUUCGUUUCAAGUUUCAGUUUUCAAGGGCAAAAUGGUCAUUAGUAUAUAUUAUAUAUUUGAGAAAAGGGUUGUUAAAGUUAACUGCACAAGGACCUAAAUCAAUAUCAAACAUCACUAUAAUAGAUAUUGUUCGAUGCCUAAUCUUAAACUAAGAAUCAGGUAAAUAAACUAUACUUGAACAUCCCAAUAAUUUUUAUUUAUUUAUUUGUUUAUUUUUUUAAGUUAUGCAUGAACUUUAGAUUAAUUUUCAAUUUUAGAAGUUACCUAACAAAACUUGGUAAUUAAUAUGUCACUUUUGAUCUUUUCUGUAUAUGUACUUAUAUUUUAUUCAAUUUGAAAUGACAGAUUUUCAGGUCUUAGAAACUGAAGUGAGACCUUCAGAUGUUGUAUGUGCGAUAAAUACUGAUGAUGUUAUGGUUCAAGAUGUCAUUAGUGAAAAGGGUUUCAAAGUUGUUGGGAUGCACUUCAUGGUUAUGGAUGCUGGAACUCGGGAUGCUCUUGAAGCAGAAAAGUCGGUUGAUGGGUUCAAUAUUGCUCAAGAAGCAGGGGAAUGGAAGGCAACCAUUUUUCAUCCGUAUCUUCCUUCUCAUGCUUACCUUACAUGCAGGUUUUUUUCUGCAAGAAAGCAUGGGUUGAUGGAUGAGCUUUUUUGUGAUUCAUAAUCUUCUGUAUGAGCAUUUGAUUUCAUGGCGAGGGUAACUGGAUUCGCCAAUUUGUUGUGGAGUAGUUCAGAUCAAUGCCAAAAAAGAACAUCAAGACGCAGAAUUCUAUCAUCACAGGGUUAACAAAUAAUGGAAAGAUGGAAAGUAAACUAAAUAUAUCCGAACAGAAUUUUGAGGAAUAACGCAGCUACAAAAACUAUAGAUGUUCAAAAUGUGGGCUUAUGGAAUCUAACAAAGCCGACGGUUGAACUUAUUAGCAUAUUGUAACACACACUGAUCAACAAAUUGAUUCUUUUUUGUUUUUUUUGUUUAUUGUGGUGACUUUGCUUUUAUCAUAUACGUGUUUUGUCAUUUUAUCAAAUGUUUUUUGAGCUACCCAAUGUUAUACUUAAACAACACUUAAUGAGGAAAAA